AACACAAACGGGCAUUCCAAGAAUCUAAACCUUGUAGAUUAUAAAUGGUAAAAAAAAAAAAAGGUUACGAAAAAAUAAAAAAAAAAUCUUGUCCUUGUGGAUUAUAUGCAUCAUUUUAGUAUAUUAUCAUAUAGAGCCGUAACUCUCUUUGUUGUUCAUCGCACGAACACAGAGAAAGAAAUACAGUAGAAAUAUAUACAUACACAUAUAUAUAUAUAUAUAAUAUAUGGGGAAGAUCAGGAGAACUCAAAGAACAAAGGAAGUGCCGGAAGCUUCUUCGUCGUCUCCUUCAGCAUCGAACCAAACCGGAAGGCGAAGAGGAAGGCCUCGGAAGAAUCUCGAGAGCCAUGAAAGCGGCGGAGAAGAGAAGAAUGAAGAAUCAGAACAAGAUUACGACGAAGAAUGUGGAGAAGAAGAGGGGGAGGUCAAGAAGAAGAUGAAGAAGAAGAAGAAGAAGAAAGUCGGAGUUGUUGAGGAGGGACAAAACAGUAAAUUGGAGGAGGAGGAAGAGAGGGAGGAGGAGGAGAAGCCGGCGCCGGAAAAGUCGCCGGAGAUUCCGAGGAGACGAACGAGGAGGAAGAGCACGCCGGUGAAGAGCUGGUAAAAUCGUCAUCGUUGUUGUUAUUAUUAUUAGGACAAUAACUAAUUUUAAUUUAAUCACUUUAGAUUAAGAACUGAUUUCGGUGCUUUAGAUUUUUCAUCAAGAUCGUAGAACAAUUAAAAAUCAUAUUCAAAUUAAUCUGUUGUAUUUUCUUUAUUUUUCGUCAGACCCAUGAAUCCAAUAAUCAAAUGGGUUUUAAAAAACCCAAUUAGUUA